AUGGGUUCAACACAGUUCGGCAAUUUCAAGGACUUCUGUCGCGACUCGACAUUACCAGUCUGCAAUCUCUUUGUCGACAACCAACCGCCUAAUCUGCGCUUUGGAGGAUGCGCGCUCGAUGGUAUCAGUUUGAGCGGGGAUCGCCAUCUCGCCAACUUAGGAUCCAUUCUCAUUGCGUUCAUCGCUAUCUUGGCGUCACUCUUCAUGCUCUGGAGGUCGGACAAGAAGCAUGCCGCCGUCGGACGUCGGGAAAUUCAACUGUUUUUGCUGGGAUUCAUCAUUAUCGAGAUCUGUGAGAUCUUCACCGUGGGUGGACUUCCGAUCGAAGACUCUGUUCGAAAGGGUUUCUCGGCGGUUCAUCUUGGCGCGAUCACUGCGACAUGUUGGAUCCUACUGUUGAAUGCGUUCGUGGGUUUCCAGUUACUUGAUGAUGGCACAGCGGCCUCGAUUGGCCUAAUUUCCGCGUCAGCCAUUGUGCUCUUCAUCGGUACCGGCUAUAUUGCACUCGACACAGCUUUCGACUGGUCUGGCCAUUUCGUGGGCAGUACGAACGACGAUUACCGUAAUGUCGCUUUAUACGUUCUGUAUCAGCUAUUCCCACUCGUCUGCCUUGCUGUGUUCUUCGUUCUCGAAACUGUGCUUGUUUUGCGAGUCCUGGGAGAAUACCGUCCCAUGCUUUAUCUUACCGGUGCUGCUAUCUUAUUUGCCAUCGGUCAAAUCUUCCAGUAUGUGAUUAGUGUGCAUCUUUGUACGGCUUCCAGUGGAGCGAUCAACGGAACCUUAUUCGAGACAUUCUUUACACUACUCGCCGUAGUCGGCAUCUGGGCUUUCUGGAGCAGCAUCACAGAAGAUGACUGGCCCCUGCCCGUCGGAAGUGGAUACAACUAA